UAUGAGGGCACAGAAAAUGGAGAAGAAGCAUAUGAGAACACGGAAAAUGGAGAAGAAGCAUAUGAGGGCACAGAAAAUGGAGAAGAAACGUAUGAGGGCACACAAAAUAGAGAUCUCGAUAAAAGGAGUUCAAAUGUGGAAAAGGUGAACGCAGUAAAUCCACCAGGUACACCUUCAGAAGGCAAUAUGGAUGGAGAUGCUGUAAACAUCCCAGGGGCUACGGAUACGUCUCCUAGAACAAAUGAUUAUCAGUCGAAUGACUUGAGUUUGAAUAAUGAAAUACAUUCUGCAGAUGGAGAGUUUCGAGGUUCAUAUGAAGACUAUAACAACUGCAAUCGUGUGUUACCUUAUAAAACUUAUUAUUUUAAUGAUAUGUCAUCACGUCACCCAUUUUCUAAUACGAAGCCAUAUCGAGCUCAACACAGUGAAGUACCACGUAAUGAUGAUGAUGAUGUCAAGGAUAAGGAUAAGGCGUGGCGCUUAUUUCAUAGUCGCAGCUUAAAUAGUCGUCGUUAUACCAAUGGACCAUUUGUAUCUUCCAGAAGCACCAAAAAUGAAGUUUAUUGUUGGGACCUGGGGGCUAUUACGAGUGAGAUGAGCCCCGUAAAGGAUCAGACCGAACAGAAAGCAGAGAAAGACACAGAAGUUGAUAAACGUUCCUCAACUCGGGAAGUCGUACCAGAGCAGAAAUGUAUAAAACAGGAAGAACCCUCUAAGAGAACACCCACGUAUGAAGUUGUUUUUGAAUCCAUCCAGUUUGACACUGCCGAUAAGACGCAAAAUUCUACGACCUCUCCCGAACUCAGCUUGUCUGACUUGGAUGUAACUUCCUUGUAUGAGGCACUGGGAUGCGAUGAAGCCAACGGAGCAGCAGAUGGGAUGGGUUCUCAGCCACCUUCAAAGGCUGAGAAGAGAUCUCUUAGCCCAUCCCUUGAAACCAAAUGGUUCAUUGAAUUUACAGAUGGAAUCCUGUAUCAGGAAAACGAACAAAUCCAAAGACUCUCUUCAGUUCGUAACGAAUGUGAUAUGGACGGGAAAAAUGCAACGACACACCUACAUAAACAUUCCGGCCCGGAAACUGAUGAAAAGUCCAGAGAACUUGGAGCCGUACCGAAAGAAAUAAAAACAUCUACUGACGAUCCAAUUCUGCUUGAAGACCGAAUACAUUCAUUGGUGGCAGUAACCGACAACGCUGGCUCCAAGGUCACUCUAAAGGAAGCUGAAAAGAAGGUCACAGUUAAGGACUCCGAUGGCAAGAUGGUUGAUUUUGAGGCGGAUGAAGUGUUACGCGCGAGCAAGGUGACAGCUGAAAAUUCCAUUCUGCUAAAAGAACUUCUCCAACAAGUGGAAGCAAGUCACAAUGUUGCUCUUAUCUUGGCUAGCACCAAGAACGCUCAGGAUACGAGCUUGGGUGUUGCACAGACAUUCAUGAAAGCCAUCAUGGCAAAGCUUGCAAAGGAUGAAGGGGCGAAGGGGCUCAAGUACCAUGCUCAUAUGACUGCUGUCGCGAUGCCAUCACCUGACUCUGCCCGAGACUUGUUCGCCAGUUCAUCUGCACAGGCCAAGCCUGUUCGCUUUGGAUCGAACCCUCUGUAUGGUGUCUGUCUGUUAAAUCUCGAGGAGAAAUCAGUGAAGAGCGAAAAGGACGCUGAGAAACUCCUGCAGGGUGCACUGAAGAAAUCAUCAGACACGAAGGAGACAGUUGUACUACAUAUGGUUCUUAAACGUAUCAAGAAGUCGUCUGGGGGGAAGGGUGAUGUCUACCUCUCGUCUGUCCUGUUGGUUUUUGUCCGGGAGAAUGCUGAUUAUCUUGCUGGUAUUUUUAACAAGGAUGAGAAGGUCGUGCCUGUGCCUCUAUUCAAGGAUGUUGUCGGAGGCAGCUGUCGUUCACUUGUUGUUACUGCCCUCUCUGGGAGUGAUGCUGCAACAGAGGCCAAAAUUCUCAAGAAUGCUGAAAAACUGCGUGGUGUGAAGACCAACGCUCCACGUAGCGGUAACCUUACCCGUUUUAUGGAGUAUGCGAGUGAAAAAGUGGCACAUCUGGAGUCUAAAGAGAAUAGAACUUCACGUGAUCAACGUACCUUAAAUAUGAUGCGCAGCAUGCUUGUUGAUAUUGAUAGGAUUAAUUCUGACUUAAAAUGGAAACAGCUUGUGUACCCAGUACGAUCUUUACAUGAACUUGAUGAUUGGGCAAGCGUAAGCGAAGAUGGGGAUAAAGGUUUACUUGGGAAAAGAGAUGUCUCUGAAUCUUCCUUGGGUUCAUUUGAGGAAAGGAAUAUUAAUCGUGUUGCCGUGGUAGAGAAUACUGGAGUUGACGUUACCAGUUCAACUCUUACUCUACGGAAUGGUAAGGUUUACAGGAUGGAAGAAUGUAUCUACUGCAAGGGUAGUGCAAAUGAUGGUGUGCAUUCUGCUAUCUUGAGUCGUCUAACAGAGUUGUUUUCUGCUGGAAACAAUUUGGCUAUUCUAGGCGCGAAUAUGUCAUCUGGUGCUGCAACACAGGAUCCACUGAUUUGGAAGUCAUUGAAAGAUAUUCUUAGUUCAGUUGUUGAAAAUUCAAUUCCUAAUAUAAUAAAUAUGCUGACACUGCGAAUGUGCCUUGUUAAGGGUCAUAAUGUUAUAGGAGAUUUGCUUGGUAGUGGAGAUGAGAUGCCGUUGUCACUACUUGUCUCCCCUUUAUUCGGUCCUGUUGUGGAUGGUAUUGAGGUGAAGGAACUCAAGGAUUCCACUGAAGUGGAUAAUAUUAUCACCAACGCAUUACAAAGGGCAUCAGAGUUAAUGCAAGAUGGUGCAGCUGUUGUGGCUAUAGCAGUCCUCAAGCAGGUUCUGGAUAAUGAUGUGCGGCUCGCAUCUCUUUUUGUGGCCAGUGCGCAGAAUUUGGAUGCGUAUUACUACAAAACAGGAAAAUACUCUAAACACCCCCUUGCACUUUUUGAUUCCUCUUUUAAUAGCCCUUGUAUAACUACUGCAGUAUUGACAUAUGAUUAUGCUAAUUCUGAAGAGGAAAUUGUUGAAACCUCACUCAACCGUAUGGAGAGCCUUGCAGUAAUCAAAAGGCCCUCAAUAAGACCGGGGAGUGUAAACGCGUUUAUCAAGAAUGCAAGAUCUGCAUUAUCCAAUCAAUACAAUGUGGGUUUUAAUGGUUCUGAGCAGUUGGAGUUGGUUUUGGCUGAUCAUGAGCGGAUGUUAAUGAAUCCCCUGAAAGAGAAACCUAUGGUUUACCAUCCAGAGCAGUUCAAAUAUCCAAGGAUGAACGUUACUACGGUGGCAAUUUUAAGAAAGAAGGUGGAACCCCUUUCAAGUGAUGAUUUUCCUAAUGUCCUCAGUUCAGAUUCUGAAGCAUCUUCUGGUAAAGUGGAAGAUAUAGACUCUAAUGUUGAUGAAUUCUUGACACUCUCUAAUGGGGUAACGGCAAUUCGUUCAGAACAGCUUCAGAUUGUUGAAUCCGUAUUUGAAGGAGGAGGUAAUGCCGCUGUGUUAUUGGCAGGCAUGCAAGGUUCCAAUGUACCAUCUCAUGUCAUAAGGCAUAUUGCACACAACGUUUUAGUAGAUACGUUAUCAAUAAAUAAUUUGCGAAUGUCUAUGGUGGCUCUAAAGAGUGAUGGAACUGCGAAAGACCUUUUGCGAGAAGGUGGUACUUAUGAAGAAUACACAAUAAAUGUAUUUCCACAUGUUGGUCCACUUCUAAAUGGUGCUAACUUGGUUGUACCACCACCUGAUGCAGCGAGCCUUGAGAAACAUCUGGGUAAUGCUUAUCUGGAAUGUAUCGCGGAAAAGGCUUUACUAGUUGUAGUUUUCCUUAAGUACUCCACACACGAGACUGAUAAAUGUAGAUCUCUAAGGUCUUCAUUGUUGCUUACUUUAGCAGGGGAGGAUCUGGAGCCGUAUACUACGGCCCUUUCCCGGGAACCACACGGGUUAGGUAUAUUUCAGUACGCUCUUGCUGGCCCAUGUCGCACGGUAGCGAUCUUUGGACUAACAAAAAUUGAUGGUGAGGUCGCAUCGGAGUUCAUGAAAGUGCUUUGUAGAUUGCGCUAUGUUUUGAAUCCGGUGAUGGUGGAAGAGAAUCUCAAAAACUGCGAGGAGACACCAAACUUAGUGGGUUUUUAA